CCCUCACUCUUUCUCACUGAGUUCCGGGAACUGCUGUUGGCGCGUCCGCUUCAUCUCUUUCCUUUUUGAAACCCUUCCCUCCUUUCGGGACCAGGAAGAAGAAGAAGAAGAAGCAGAAGCAGAGAGAGAGAGAGAAAGAGGGAGAGAGAUGCCGCGGGAGAUCAUAACGCUGCAGGUGGGGCAAUGCGGCAACCAGAUCGGGAUGGAGUUCUGGAAGCAGCUCUGCCUCGAGCACGGCAUCAGCCAAGACGGCAUCCUCGAGGACUUCGCCACCCAGGGUGGAGACAGAAAAGAUGUAUUUUUCUACCAAGCUGAUGAUGAACAUUAUAUACCAAGGGCUCUUCUGAUAGAUUUGGAGCCUAGGGUCAUUAAUGGCAUUCAAAACAGCGAGUAUCGGAACCUGUACAAUCACGAAAACAUCUUUGUCUCUGACCAUGGAGGCGGUGCUGGAAAUAAUUGGGCUAGUGGUUAUCACCAGGGUGAGCAAGUUCAGGAAGAUAUUAUGGACAUGGUGGACAGAGAAGCUGAUGGAAGUGACAGCCUUGAGGGUUUUGUUCUCUGUCAUUCAAUAGCUGGGGGGACAGGCUCAGGAAUGGGCUCCUAUCUUUUAGAAACUUUGAAUGAUCGCUACAGCAAGAAACUUGUUCAGACAUACAGUGUAUUCCCCAACCAAAUGGAAAUAAGUGAUGUGGUGGUUCAGCCCUACAACUCUCUGUUGACUCUGAAGAGGCUAACACUAAACGCAGAUUGUGUUGUUGUUCUUGACAAUACUGCACUAAAUCGGAUCGCAGUGGAGCGACUUCAUAUUCCAAACCCUACAUUUGCUCAAACUAAUUCACUGGUUUCGACAGUGAUGUCUGCAAGCACGACCACGCUUCGAUAUCCUGGAUAUAUGAACAAUGACUUGGUUGGCCUACUUGCUUCCCUAAUUCCUACUCCAAGAUGCCACUUUCUGAUGACUGGCUAUACACCACUAACAGUGGAACGUCAGGCCAAUGCAAUUCGAAAGACCACUGUACUUGAUGUCAUGAGAAGACUUCUUCAGACAAAAAAUAUCAUGGUUUCUUCUUAUGCUCGUACUAAAGAGGCCAGUCAAGCGAAAUACAUAUCUAUAUUGAAUAUCAUUCAAGGAGAGGUUGAUCCCACACAGGUGCAUAAAAGCUUACAAAGGAUACGUGAAAGGAAGCUUGUCAAUUUCAUUGAAUGGGGACCUGCAAGCAUUCAGGUUGCGUUGUCUAGAAAGUCCCCAUAUGUGCAAACUGCUCACAGGGUUAGCGGUUUGAUGCUGGCAAGCCACACAAGUAUAAGGCAUCUAUUCAGUAAGAGUUUGAGCCAAUAUGAAAAGCUUCGGAAGAAACAAGCAUUUCUUGAUAACUACAGGAAGUUUCCCAUGUUCGCCGAUAACGACCUCUCUGAGUUUGAUGAAUCUCGAGAAAUCAUUGAGAGCUUGGUGGAUGAAUACAAAGCAUGUGAAUCGCCUGACUACAUCAAAUGGGGAAUGGAGGAUCCUGAUCGAGCUCUUAGUGGAGAAGGCAGUGGAUCUGGGGCCAUGGAUUCAAAGUUGACGGUGUAAAGAAUAGUGUAACAACGUGUUCUUUCAUUCUGUAGGGUGGUUUUACUGGUGCUUGUCCAAGUGCUGUUUCUGGUUUUUUUCUCCUCCACCUCCUGUGUUUUUGUAAUAUUCAUUGUGAUAGCAUAUUGGCAAGUUCAACUGCCAAAUUCUUCAAAACCAAAAAAAGGGAGAGGGGAAAGGGACCAACAUGGAGCGACACAACCAUCACUAGCACAAAAUCAGGGGCUCAUGUAAGCCUUCAGUAUGCCCCACAUAUUUCCAGCAUAAGGGCCAGAUUUUGGUUGAUCGAGGUUUAAGUUUGAGCUCAUUAAGUCCUGCAUAUUUAGGUUGAGAUCCACAUCCAUGUUAACAUUUGGUUUCGUAAGUUGAUUAUGUUGUUUUUUC